AUGGCGUGUGGAAGCCGCCGUCUUCAUCCGCGGACCUUUCCUCUUCUCGUUUCAGAGGACUACGCGCCGCACGGCCCGGUUUUCAUUCAAGAACCAAGUCACGUCACGUUCCCACUGGACUCUGAGGAGAAAAACGUGAAGCUCAACUGCGACGUGACAGGGAAUCCAGAGCCUCGCAUCAGGUGGAAGUUAAAUGGGACAGAUGUUGACAUCAGCAUGGAUUUUCGCUACAGUGUUGUGGAAGGCAGCUUGUUGAUCAAUAAUCCCAAUAAAACCCAAGACGCUGGAACGUACCAGUGCGUAGCGACAAACACGUUUGGAACAGUCGUCAGCAGAGAAGCCAGGCUCCAGUUUGCUUACAUGGAUAUUUUUAAAACCAGGUCCAGGUGUCUCAUCCGCAUCCGCCUGGGGCCGUGGUCUGGGGCCGUCUUGUGCUGUGGUCCUGUUAGCCACACAGGAGAUCUGAGCUACGCCUGGCUCUUCAACGAGUCUCCUUCCUACCAGGAUAGCCGACGCUUCGUCUCUCAGGAGACUGGGAACCUGUACAUCGCCAAAGUAGAAAAGUCCGAUGUCGGGAAUUACACCUGUGUGGUCACCAAUUCAGUGACGAACCACCAGGUCCUGGGGCCACCCACGCCGCUGAUCCUGAGAAAUGACGGGGUGAUGGGUGAAUAUGAGCCCAAAAUAGAAGUGCAGUUUCCAGAAACGGUCUCCACGGCUAAAGGCGCCACGGCGAGGCUGGAGUGCUUCGCCCUGGGGAACCCAGUGCCAACUAUCAUCUGGAGAAGAGCCGAUGGCAAGCCGAUAGCAAGGAAGGCCAGACGACACAAGUCCAAUGGAAUUCUCGAAAUCCCCAAUUUUCAGCAAGAGGACGCUGGUGCCUAUGAAUGUGUGGCUGAGAAUUCCAGAGGCAGAAACGUAGCAAGGGGACAGCUGACUUUCUAUGCUCAACCCAACUGGAUUCAAAAGAUAAAUGACAUCCACGUGGCCAUCGAAGACAACGUCUUUUGGGAAUGUAAAGCCAGCGGAAGACCCCGACCCACGUACAGGUGGCUGAGAAAUGGGGAGCCGCUGUCCACUCAGGACAGAAUUCAGAUCGAGCAGGGGACGCUGAACAUAACCGUGGUGGGCCUCGCGGAUGCGGGCAUGUACCAGUGCGUGGCCGAGAACAGACACGGCGUCAUCUUCUCCAGCGCCGAGCUCAGCGUUAUCGCUGUGGGUCCGGAUUUUUCCAGAACCCUCUUAAAAAAAGUAACUCUCGUCAAAGUGGGAGGUGAAGUGGUCAUUGAGUGCAAGCCCAAAGCUUCUCCAAAACCUGCGUACACCUGGAAGAAAGGAAGAGACAGAGUGAGAGCAAAUGAAAGAAUUACCAUUUCGGAAGACGGGAGCCUCAGAAUCGUCAACGUGACCAAAUCGGACGCUGGGAGUUACACCUGCGUCGCCACGAACCACUUCGGAACGGCGAGCAGCACCGGGAACCUGGUCGUAAAAGAUCCAACAAGGGUGAUGGUGCCCCCUUCCAGCAUGGACGUCACCGUCGGAGAAAGCAUUGUUCUGACGUGCCAGGUGACCCAUGACCACUCGCUGGACAUCGUGUUUACUUGGUCGUUUAACGGACACCUGAUAGAUUUUGACAAAGACGGGGACCACUUUGAGCGAGUCGGCGGGCAGGAUUCGGCUGGCGAUUUGAUGAUCCGAAACAUCCAGCUGAAGCAUGCUGGGAAGUACGUCUGCACGGUCCGGACGAGUGUGGACCGGCUGUCCGCCACCGCGGACCUCAUCGUCAGAGGUCCUCCAGGCCCCCCAGAGGCUGUGACCAUAGAUGAAAUCACAGACACCACCGCUCAGCUCUCCUGGAGACCCGGGCCCGACAACCACAGCCCCAUCACCAUGUACGUCAUUCAAGCCAGAACUCCGUUCUCCGUGGGCUGGCAAGCAGUCAGUACAGUUCCCGAGCUCGUCGACGGGAGGACGUUCACCGCCACCGUGGUGGGCCUGAACCCCUGGGUGGAGUACGAGUUCCGCUCGGUCGCGGCCAACGCCAUCGGGGUCGGGGAGCCCAGCCGGCCGUCGGAGAAGCGCAGGACGGAGGAGGCCCUCCCUGAAGUCGCCCCGGCUAACGUCAGCGGUGGUGGAGGCAGCAAAUCUGAGCUGGUCAUAACCUGGGAGACGGUCCCCGAGGAGCUGCAGAACGGCAGAGGCUUCGGCUACGUGGUGGCCUUCCGGCCCCACGGCACAGCUGUGUGGAUGCUGACGGUGCUGGCCUCGGCCGACGCCUGCAGAUACGUGUUCAGGAACGAGAGCGUGCGCCCCUUCUCCCCCUUCGAGGUCAGGGUGGGCGUCUACAACAACAGAGGAGAAGGCCCCUUCAGCGCCACCACCGUGGUGUACUCUGCAGAGGAAGAGCCUACCAAACCGCCGGCCAGCAUCUCUGCCAGAAGUCUUUCUGCGACAGACAUCGAAGUCUUCUGGGCCUCCGCCAAGGAGAAGAACAGAGGACGGGUACAAGGUUACGAGAUUAAAUAUUGGAGACACGACGACAAGGAAGAGAACGCUAGAAAAAUACGAACGUUUGGAAAUCAGACGUCGACAAAAAUCACCAACUUGCAAGGCAGCGCGCUGUAUCACCUGGCCGUCAAGGCGUUCAAUACUGCUGGGACAGGCCCCUCCAGUGCCACCGUCAACGUGACAACCAGAAAGCCACCACCAAGUCAGCCUCCUGGAAACAUCAUAUGGAAUUCAUCGGACUCCAAAAUUAUCCUCAACUGGGACCAGGUGAAGGCCCUGGACAACGAGUCGGAAGUGAAAGGCUACAAAGUCCUGUACAGAUGGAACAGACAAAGCAGCACAUCCAUCAUCGAAACAAACAAGACAUCGGUGGAGCUGUCUCUGCCUUUGGAUGAAGAUUAUAUAAUAGAAAUUAAGCCAUUCAGCGACGGAGGGGACGGGAGCACCAGCGAACAAAUCCGAAUCCCAAAGAUUCCAGAUGCCUAUGCCCGAGGAGCUGGUCCUUCCACCUCGAACGCCUGCACACUGUCCGCCAUCAGCACCAUCAUGAUCUCCCUCACGGCCAGGUCCAGCUUAUGA